AUGUCGACGGGAGAAAGUUUUGAGUCUCGGUUUGAAAAAAUCGACGUGACUUUAAAGGACCCCAAAUCCGAAGUGAACGUGGACUGUUUGCUGGAUGGAUUAGACGCUUUGGUAUAUGACUUGGAUUUUCCUGCCUUAAGAAAAAACAAAAACAUUGAUAACUUCUUAAACAGGUAUAAAGACACGGUAAAUAAAAUGAGAGAUCUGCGCAUGAAAGCUGAAGAUUACGAAGUGGUGAAGGUGAUUGGUAGAGGGGCGUUUGGGGAGGUUCAGUUGGUAAGGCAUAAAUCCUCAAGAAGAGUGUAUGCGAUGAAGCUUCUGAGCAAAUUUGAGAUGAUAAAAAGAUCAGAUUCUGCAUUCUUCUGGGAAGAAAGGGAUAUCAUGGCUUUUGCUAAUAGUCCCUGGGUUGUGCAGUUAUUUUACGCAUUCCAGGAUGAUCGUUAUCUUUACAUGGUGAUGGAAUACAUGCCUGGUGGGGACCUUGUGAAUUUAAUGAGCAACUAUGAUGUUCCAGAGAAAUGGGCAAGAUUUUAUACUGCUGAAGUUGUACUUGCGUUAGAUGCAAUUCACUCAAUGGGUUUUAUACACAGAGAUGUGAAGCCUGAUAAUAUGCUGCUAGAUAAAGCUGGUCAUUUAAAGCUAGCAGAUUUUGGUACUUGUAUGAAGAUGAACAAGGAAGGUAUGGUACGAUGUGAUACGGCUGUGGGAACACCAGACUAUAUCUCUCCUGAAGUAUUGAAGUCCCAGGGUGGUGAUGGUUACUAUGGGCGAGAAUGUGACUGGUGGUCGGUUGGAGUCUUUUUGUAUGAGAUGCUUGUAGGUGACACACCUUUUUAUGCAGAUUCUUUGGUUGGAACAUACAGUAAGAUUAUGAACCAUAAGAACUCUCUUACUUUCCCUGAUGACAAUGAGAUUUCUAAAGAGGCAAAAAACCUUAUUUGUGCCUUUUUAACUGAUAGGGAAGUGAGACUAGGACGAAAUGGUGUAGAAGAAAUUAAACGACACCUUUUCUUCAAAAACGAUCAAUGGGCUUGGGAAACUCUCAGAGACACUGUAGCACCAGUUGUGCCUGACUUAAGUAGUGACAUUGACACUAGUAAUUUUGAUGACCUGGAAGAAGAUAAAGGAGAGGAAGAAACAUUUCCCAUACCAAAAGCAUUUGUGGGCAACCAGCUUCCUUUUGUAGGAUUUACAUACUACAGCAACCGUCGGUAUUUAGCUGCCUCUGCAGAAAAUUCCAAUGAUAAUAGAACAGGCUCCAGUGUGGAUAAAAGUGUGCUGGAAAAUAUGCAGAAGAUGAUCUAUGAGUUGGAAGAACAACUACAUAAUGAAAUGCAGUUGAAAGAUGAAAUGGAGCAGAAGUGCAGAUCUUCAAACAUAAAGCUAGACAAGAUAAUGAAAGAACUGGAUGAAGAGGGAAAUCAAAGAAAGAACUUGGAAUCAACAGUGUCUCAGAUUGAGAAGGAAAAGAUGGUAUUGCAACAUAAGAUAAAUGAGUACCAAAGGAAAAUUGAACAAGAGAAUGAAAAAAGACGGAACGUGGAAAAUGAAGUGUCCACGCUAAAAGAUCAGAUGGAAGACCUGAAAAAAAUCAGCCAGCAUUCACAAAUAACAAAUGAGAAGAUAACACAAUUACAAAAACAACUAGAAGAAGCAAACGAUUUGCUGAGGACAGAAUCGGAUACAGCAGCAAGACUGAGAAAGGGUAACACAGAAAUGAGCAAGUCAUUAAGUCAGGUAGAGUCACUGAAUAGAGAACUGCAGGAAAGGUGCCGAGUUUUAGAAAGCACAAAACUGCAGGUGGAGAAAGAUUAUUACCAACUGCAAGCAGCUUUGGAGUCGGAACGAAGAGACAGAAGUCAUGGAUCUGAAAUGAUUGGAGAACUACAGGUUCGAAUUACAACUUUACAAGAAGAAGUGAAAAACAUCAAGAACAAUCUUGAAAGAGUGGAAGCGGAAAGAAAACAAGCACAGGAUAUGCUUAAUCAUUCAGAAAAGGAAAAGAAUAAUUUAGAGAUAGAUUUGAACUACAAACUCAAAUCAUUACAAGACCGGUUAGAACAGGAAGUAAAUGAACACAAAGUUACUAAAGCUCGGUUAACUGACAAACAUCAAUCAAUAGAGGAAGCAAGAUCAGUUGCAAUGUGUGAAAUGGAAAAAAAAAUAAAGGAAGAAAGGGCAGCAAGAGAAAAGGCAGAGAAUCGAAUAGUUCAAGCUGAAAAGCAGUGUUCCAUGCUGGACUUUGACCUGAAGCAAUCUCAGCAGAAACUGGAACACCUUCUUGAGCAAAAGGAGAGACUGGAAGAUGAAGUAAAGAAUCUAACGCUUCAGCUAGAACAAGAGACGAAUAAGCGAAUAAUGGCACAGAAUGAAUUAAAAGUGCAAGCUUUUGAAGCAGAUAACUUGAAGGGUUCUGAGAAGCAGCUGAAACAGGAAAUCAAUACAUUGUUGGAAGCAAAGAGAUUACUGGAAUUUGAGUUGGCUCAGCUUGCUAAACAGUACAGAGGAAAUGAAGGUCAAAUGCGUGAGCUUCAGGAUCAGCUUGAAGCUGAGCAGUAUUUUUCGACUCUUUACAAAACUCAGGUUAAGGAACUGAAAGAGGAAAUUGAUGAAAAGAAUAAAGAAACUCAAAGAAAAAUGCAGGAAUUGCAAAAUGAAAAAGAAACGCUCACUACCCAGCUGGAUUUAGCUGAAACCAAAGCUGAGUCAGAACGGUUGGCACGAGCCCUCCUUGAAGAACAGUAUUUUGAACUAAGUCAGGAAAGCAAGAAAGCGGCAUCAAGACACAGGCAAGAAAUGACUGAUAAGGACAGCAUCAUAAGAAGGCUGGAAGAAACUAAUAACACAUUAACCAAAGAUGUUGAUUUAAUAACAAAGGAAAAUUCAGAAAUCAGUGAAAAAAUUAAGAAACAGGAGGAAGAAUACAAAAUGAAAAAAGAGGAAGAAAUCAAUAAUAUUAGAAUGCAUUAUGAGAAGAGCAUUAAUACUGAAAGAACUCUGAAGACACAGGCUGUCAACAAACUGGCUGAGAUAAUGAAUCGGAAAGACUUUAAAAUAGACAGGAAGAAAGCUAACAUGCAAGAUUUGAGGAAGAAAGAGAAGGAAAACCGAAAGCUCCAGUUAGAGCUUAAUCAAGAAAAAGAGAAAUUCAAUCAGAUGGUAGUGAAAUACCAGAAGGAGCUCAAUGAAAUGCAAGCGCAACUAGCAGAAGAAUCUACAUACAGGAAUGAGCUCCAGAUGCAGCUGGAUAGUAAAGAGAGUGACAUAGAGCAACUACGAAGGAAAAUUUUGGACCUCCAGCAAGGAAUGGAUUCUACCAGUGUGGCUAGUCUCCAGCCAGAUGAAACGGAUGGAAAUCUUUCAG